AUGACGCUGCAUGGCGAAACGGACCUCCUUGUGUGCAGAACUUUCCCUACGCUUCUGGGAGGGAGAGCGCUGACAUGGUACACUACCCUACCGACUGGAAGCAUCGCGUCCUGGGACGACUUAGCAAGCAAGUUCCAGUCCCAUUUCGCAACCAGCCGCCUCGUGCCAAAGUCCGUUCACUCACUCGAGAAAAUCUGCCAACAAUCUGGGGAGUCUCUUCGAUCCUUUCUAGACCGCUUUGACAAAGAAGCCCUACAUGUGCAAGGCUUAGACCCAAAGGUGCAGGUUCAUAUACUCCUUUCAGGCUUGCGAGCGGGGUCGUUUGCCUAUGAGCUAGCAUGCCAUGAAAUUACUGAAUUAGAAGAAGUUAGGAAAGUGGCCCAGGAGUAUAUGAGAGUUGAAGAAUACAAAGGAAGUCGAGCUGAUGAUGCCUAUAGCCAAGAGAAGGCAGCCAACAAAAAUAAGAGCCCAGCAGAAGAUAGUAAGAAAGGACAUAAGUCAGCUAGAUAUACCAACCGCCCUUCGAGGAGUGACAAAACAGGGCGCCAAACUCACAGCGUCCUACAGACUGAUUAUAAAGAUGAUCCCAGGGGAAAUCAACGCCCUCAGCAACCAGCUAGAGAAGCCACGGUCUACUGUAAGUUCCACCGCAGUAACGGCCACAGUACUGAGGAGUGCAGACACCUCAAAGAUGAGAUUGAUUAG